AUGCUGGACCAUGUUUUGGGGCGGCCUUCGGCCAAGUCGAGGCGGUUUCAGGUGCUGGCUGUGCUGUCUUUGUGGUCCAUAUAUCUGUACAGAGGUCAUAAACACGGCCCGCCCGGGGCUCAGCCGCUCUCGAGGUUUCUCACGCGGCGACUAACGGCGUGGCAAACGACGGCCUUGACCAUCAUAUCUCUCUAUGCCGCCCGGAACUUUAGCGCCUUGGUCGGUCUGGCUAGCCCGGAACCCAUGGCCAACAUGUACGACACGACCUACUUCCGCGCAACGUGGGUGCUUACCGCGCUGGAUGCUGGGUUCUGGACGGCAAUGAAGAUCAAGGUCAAGUGGCUGAGGGAUCUGGCGAGCAUCUUCUUCUCGCUCUUCUACCUCGUGGCAGCCGAGAGGGCCGAUGAAAAGGUCCGCAAGGUCCGCGGCAUGAUCACGGUGGACCAUUUGCGGGUUGCCUGGAACAAAGGCACAACGCCGUACCUGAGGGUGCUGCAGCGCUUGAUGAGGCCGCGGUUCACGAGGUGGCCUCCGCGGCAGAUUCGGAUCCCUCGGCCGUCCAACAGCGACUACACGGAGCCAGUCAUCGGCUGGCUUUACUACGACGGGCCGGUGGCGGAUCUGGUCCACCACAGCAGGUUGGUGCUGGACAUACCCGGCGGCGGUUUCGUGGCCAUGGAUCCCCGGUGCAACGACGACAAGCUGCUCUCGUGGGCUUCCAAGUCGGGCCUGCCGAUCCUCAGCCUGGAUUACAAAAAGGCCCCCGAGUACCCGUACCCGUACGCCGUCAACGAGGUGUUUGACGUCUACGCGGCCGUCGUCAACACCAAGGGCCGGUGCAUAGGCAUGUCCGGCGCCGAGACGCCACGCAUCAUUGUCACGGGCGACAGCGCCGGAGGCAACCUCGCGGUAUCCGCGACGCUGAUGAUUCUCGAGACGAGUGACGGCGAGCUUAGGCGAUUCGCCGGGAGAGGUGCGCUCCCCGUGCCGGACGGCCUCGUGUGCUUCUAUCCCGCCUUGGACAUGAACAUUGGCAACUGGAUGACGGACGAGCAAAUGUCCCUGAUCCGAGACCGCAAGAUGCGCAAGACGAACCGGACGAUUGCUCGCGGCAAGAGCAUGCAAUACAACGAGCUGGUCGGAACACCGCAUCACUCGGACGACGAGGACGAAAUCCGGCCCAUGUCGAAGCCGGCCGCCGAGCCGCCGGCGAGCGCCCACGACUCUCAACCCCAGUUUUCCCACACCGGUCCCCAGACCUUUGCUCGGACGGGCGAAAGGGAAGCGCCCAAGAAGACGGACGGCAUGUCCCACCACUCGCAGCCGCUGCAGACGCGCCUGGCAACCUCGUCCAUGAUUUCCUACUUCAACGACCGCGUGCUGACACCCGAGAUGAUGCGCGCCAUGAUCAUCCUGUACAUUGGGCCGCACAACCGACCCGACUUUUCGCAGGACUACCUGCUGAGCCCGGUGCUUGCUCCCGACUCGCUUCUCGCCAGGUUUCCCAAGACGUACUUUAUGACGGGGGAGCGGGAUCCUCUCGUCGACGACAGCGUCAUCUUCGCGGGGCGGCUGCGGAGAGCCAAGGAAGCCUUGGCGAGACAAGAGGGCCGCGCGUACGACGACUCCGAGGCGGCAGAGGUGGCGCUCAUUCCCGGAGUGUCGCACGGCUUCAUGCAGUUCCCGGGCAUAUAUCCGCCAGCGUGGAAGCACUUUGAACGAUGCGUCGUCUGGUUCGAGCAGCUGUUCCUGGAGGCCGAGCAUGCCCGGACCCGGCAGCGGCGGCCGCUGGCGCUCUCGCCUGCCACGGACAGGAUGGCGUAUCACCAGCACCAGCGGCAGCACCAUCAGCUGGGAGAAUCCAGCGGCGAAGAAGACAAGCCCUUGGAGAUUAGCAUGACGAAGCUGAGCAGGGGGCGCAGCUCGACAGUGUCGGGGGGGAGGGCCAAGGGAGAAUCGCCGUCGAGCGAAAAUGGGCCGGCGGCGUACAAGAGCAAGAAGAGGAUACUGAGCAAAAACAAGAGCUUGAUCAAGCUGAAGAGCACGGACGACUUGCUGGGCCGGAGGAUGGAGGGGUUGGCUGGUGGCUUGACAGGGGCAGGGGAAGAGAAUUAG